AUGAUUUCAAGUUUGUUAAGAGCUCCAAAGUUAGCUUCAAGAUUUUCUGCUUCCAGAUACCCAUCUUCCAGAAUAAUCGCUGCCAGAUUCAAUUCUGCUGACCACAAAAUUAACACCAAUUCGUUCGUGUACAAAUACUUAGAAGAAGGUCCAAAAACUGUCAAGUACACUGCUGAGCAUGAAUGGUUAGCUGUCUUCAAAGAUGACACUGCCUUUGUUGGUAUCACCAAAUACGCUUCUGAUGCUUUAGGAGAUGCUACUUUCAUCGAAUUACCAGAAGUCGGUGUUACUGUAGAAGCUGGUGAGUCUAUCGGAUCCGUCGAAUCUGUCAAGUCUGCUUCUGAAAUAUAUUCACCAGUUGCAGGUGAAAUUUUAGCAAUCAACCAAAACUUAGAGUCUAGCCCAGGUUUAAUCAACGAAGACCCAUUGGGUGAAGCUUGGAUUGCACAAAUUAAGUUAAGUGACCCUCUGGUUGUUGAAUCUAGCGAAGAAUUAUUAGAUGUUGCUGAGUACGAUGCUUCCUUGGAAGACCACUAA